AUGUCUGAGAACAACAACAUUCGACCAUACCUAAUGCCUGCCUUCCAAGAGACCCCCUCAUCCCAGCGUGUUGUGCAGCGUCGACCACUCCCUUCCUCAGCGCCUAAGCGCACUGUAGCGCAGAUGGAUGAAGAUAUAAACCAGGAGAGCCCCAGCACCCCACCCAAGAGAGGUGCCCGCAAACUUCCGCGUGGAAGGAAAGAUGCUCAAAAGUCCAGGGUGAGGCGCAAUAAGGAUGUGAAAAACCCAUCGCCAAGCCCUGACCCGUCGCCCACCACCCCAGCUGAAUGCUCUGUGGCAACGCAUUACACAGCUAUCCCGGGACACGGGUCUAUUUUCUAUGCGGAGGAUCGCCCUCCGCUUUUCGUACCCAGCACAAUGAUGCACAUGCACCAGGCCCCAGUUGCGCAUGCCUGCGCUUGCCAUCAGCUGCAGGCAGCGAGCAUUGCGCAAAUGCAUGGCAUGCAUAUGCCAUCUAUCGGAGUGCCCGCACACGGACACGUUGGAGGGCUCGGGUGGAAUGAGAAUGCCUGGGGCUAUGUGCCAGGGCUUGACUUGGGAGAUCUCUCUCAGAUGCAUGGGAACUUAAACUUCAAUCACAAUGGUAGAUGA